UGUUUAUGAGGGACACUGACGAUAUCGAUAUGCAAUAAACAAGUACAUUUUUUUGUCAUUUUAUUUAGAUUUUGCCAUAGGAAUAUUGCAGCUUAUACAACUUUCUUUUGUAUUCUUUUGACAUUUAUUUUGGGACACAAUAGGUCAUUUGUUGAUGGAAUGCUGCUGGGGGGAAAAACCAUCACACACCACCAACUGUUAACCAUUAAAACCAUUACCAUUAUUGGUCCUUAAUGGUAUCCACUAGACAUAACAUGCCACCAAUAGAAGGCAAGAAAUUACCAGUAGAGACCCACAGGGACCAUUAGAGUUCCCAUUAAAACCAUUACAAAUUCUGUGAGGGUUUCUAUUGUGUUGUUGUUGUUGUUGUUUCAGCAGGGAUGACUUCUGUAAAUCACUGCUGAGUAAUUUACCACAAAGUAAACAUUUUUGCAAGUGUGCCAGCUCUUGCUCUCCAGACCAACAAGGAGCAGAAACAGAAUGCUCUGAAACAUCAUUUUGAUUUCAGGUUAAAGAUGCAGGGAGGACAGGACAGGACUCCUCCACCCACACCCACGUGCCCCACCCCCCGAGGCUUUGUGUGAGAGCGGUACCGGGGUAUGUGCAGAUGCAGGAUGGCCUGCUGUCCAUGCAGCUGAAGGUUCCGCCCCCAUCAGCCCUGCCUGCGUGCCGGAUGCUCACUAGCUCACUACACCGGAGUGGCCGAGUGGAGCUGCACCUUUAACACCGCCGCCGGCCUACAGAACCGCGCAUGACGCUCAUCAACCAAAGAAAUAAACUCAUACCAGUGCUGGGAUGUCACUCGUGCUUCAGGGUAGACAUGUUCUCCAAAGGCACCAAGCGCAAGUUUCCCAGCGAUGACGAUGAGAUGUCGGACGAGAACCUGGCCAGCGCCAAGGUGUCCUCGUCAUAUAGUCUACAGCGCCAGUCUCUUCUGGACAUGUCCCUCAUCAAGCUGCAGCUCUGCCACAUGUUGGUGGAGCCCAACCUGUGCCGCUCUGUGCUCAUCGCCAACACGGUGCGGCAGAUCCAGGAGGAGAUGACCCACGACGGCAGCUGGGUGGUCACCGAGGCCUUCUGCAGCGGGACCCAGGGCCCCUCCGAACGCCUCGUGGCCACCGAGGUGCUCUGCCGGUCACGAGAGCAGGAAGCCGAGCCUAAGCUCUUCUCGGUUAUCAGCUACGAAGGAAUCAGCCGCGAGGAAGAGGUGGUGGCGGACGAGACGCUGUGUUCGGUCUCGGUGCACGACUCCGCCUCUGACGUGUGUCUCUCGGAGACCUCGCGUCGUUGCUGGGACGAGACCGAGGACUCCCCGGAAAGCUCCAGGCUUGGUCCAGGAGACGACGAGGACGACGAAGACGAGGAUGAAGAUGACGAACAGGAAAGUUCCUCCAGGGAGGAUCCGAAGGCAAUGGGGCAAGUUUUCGGAACGUUCGAGAUCAAGAACGGUGCCUCGGGUCCGGACUCGGCUCUCGAGGAAUUGUUCUCGGACGUGGAUGCGUCGUAUUACGACCUCGACACCAUGCUCACGGGCAUUCAGAGCACGGCGCCCAAGAUGGGUCCGUACGACCUGCUGGACAGUUUGAGUCCCUCUCACACGCCGACGUCUAUAAACUCGCCGUCAAACUGCCGCUCUGAUCUUAACGAACUGGACCACAUCAUGGAGAUCAUUGUCGGCUCUUAGACGAGAGGCGGCUCUGAGACUAGUACACAUUUUCCUCUUAAUGUUUUUUCUACCUGUUGUGGAAGUUCAGUCUGCAGUCCUUUCAGGGAAAGGAGUGUGUGUCUUCUAAAGAAUGGCCUUGAUUUUAUGAGCUGACCAGUUACCCUUUGUAUGUUCUUUUUUCCCCCCCUAUUUGUCUUUUUUUUUUUUUUUUUUUUUUUUUUUUUAAUUUAUUUCUUUAUUGCGUCCAUUAACACUACAUACAGGAUGGAGUGCAGAGCCAGAUGUAUACAAAAGAUAUUUUCAUAAAGAUGAAAUUGCCUAACUGUAAAAUGACAAAUAUAUAUUUUUACAAUAGAUACUGCUUGUUAACUGUUACAGUGCACUCGUCAUCGGUUUCCAACAUUAUGGUUCUAAACAGAUUCGCAAAUCGGUGGACGUCAUGUUGUGGCUUUUUUUUUUUUCCUCAUCCCUUUCGGGAUUCAGAAAUGGCAGUAAGAAUACAGCAAUGCAUGACUUAUUUUUAUUGUAACACACUUUUAGGUGCAUUUUGGCACCCAGCGUAUUUUUCCCAUCAGUAUCUGGGCAAAUCGUCAGCCUGUAUUUUAAUAUUAGAAGUCAUAGUGUUCUUAUAUUUGUUUUAUCGACAAAUGAAGAAUGAUGGGGGAGGGGCCGCCCCAUUCUAUAUAGUGACUUUUAAUUUAUUUUUAUUUAUUUGUUGCAAACUUUACAUGUUGAGUGUUGGCUUUGGUCAAACUCAGGGCAGAAGAGACUUCACGGGCCUGAUUCACCCCAAAUCCUUCAACCAGUAGUACAUUUUAAUUUAACGCGUUUUAUUAUUUUGUCGGUUUUAAAGCCUUCGAUGUGUGCAAAGGGCCGUCGUGAUGCAUUAUGUCCCACUAUUUUGAUGCACAUCCACAGAUCUAAAGAUAACAUAAUUCAGUCGUAGCUUUAUUUUCGGCUGCCUUUCGUUAUAAAGUCUCUGAUCAGGUAAAGAAAUCCUGAAUCUGAUGUCGUGUUUUGCAGCCUGCUGUCUAAACGCAGCCUCGUAAUGAGCUGUACACUUUCUCUGAUCCUAUGCAUUGAGUGUCGCAAUACACUUCCUAUGCACAAAGUGUUCGAGCACAUUUUAAAGUACAGUAUUGACUUUAACUUUGUAUUUUUGACCGUCAGAAAGAGGACAGGGUUUAAACGAUUGUCUUCCUAUUUACAGAAACUUCAAUUCAGUCAUCGAUUCUGAAACCAGUUCUUAUAGUUAAAGAAAAAUGUUAAAAAGACAAUUACAGUACAUUUAAUUUGAGUGGAUGUAAUUCCUCUCUGCUUUACGUCGGUUUCAUUUUUAAGUAUGAUAUAAGUCUAGAGUAGAGCAUAAAAAACAUUUUAUAUGUGCAUUGUAGCAUUUUUAUAACAUUUUUAAUAAAAAAGAAGCACAAAUUCAA